AUGACCACGUAUGUGGACGUUGAUAGGUCCGCCGAGGCAAUUCAGGAGGACGAAGAACUCAUAGAGGCCGUCAACCAAAUUGUCGAGAAGACUGCAGAAAUCAUCUACGAAGAUGUCAAGAACGAUGUUUCUGGAUUCUAUUUGAAAGUGAGACAAUCAAUCUAUACGAUGUUCCCAUUUUUGAUGUGUUGGAAGGAUGACCGAGCUUUGUUCUGGGAUGACAUGCACAAGUUAGCAGUAACCUUUGCUUUGUUUGUUCUAGCGUUUCUGAUCCUCUCGCCGUCGCAAUUCUGGGUAAAGAAAUCCUCAUCGUGGUUAUCUUUUGGAAAUAAAACUUCAAAAACUCAGCGAAAGGCCUCAGCGCGACAUUUCAACCAUCUCCAAAGGCUGAGACGUUUCACUUCUCGCGGUGAUGAAACCGAAUCAUCAGAGGAUAUAUUGGAACGACCACAACCUCAACGAAGAAGAUCAUUUUCGAGCGUCGAUUACAAACUUAAGGAUUUUGAAAUGGAUGACGAUGAAGACGAGGAUGAGGAUGAGGAAAAAGAAGAGGAGAGAUUUGCCAAGAUGUGGCCAACGAUAGUUUCGCAAUCGCGGUAUCGAAGUUUGGUGUUGCCUCCCGAGUGCAAACGAGUAGACAAGCCACCUAGUAGUUACAUGAUCUCCACAUUAAAAGAAGAGAAGAAAGAUGACAAAGAGCAAGGUGACGACGAUAAUCCAUUUGAUCGGCUGGUGACCUACUGGAGGCACUUUCUUGUUUUCAUGGUGUCAAUGAUGCGAUAUGAUUACGGAGGGGCAGGGUGGACGUUGUUCUACUGGCUGGAGUCUCUGGGCAGAGCGAGAAAAAAGAUGCAGAAAUCAAAGAAAGACGACAGCAAUGACGACGACGAGUCAGAGUCCAGCAGCGUGCUAGACAAGCGGAGUGGUUUUGGUACAGCUUCCGCCCAGACCACUUCCGAGUCGUCCCCUGUUAUGAAGCCAAGAGGCAGACCCAGAAGAAAACGAGACUCGAUAAUGGCGCAACAACCUUGUCGUGAAACUAUUGAUGGUUCGAAAGUUGUCACUAAUGAGAAUGACACGAACGAUGCUACCGAUACUCCGAAUGUCCCACAAAGCACUCAAUCGCAGCUUUCCACGGGGGACGAGGAGAAGAAAGACUGCGUUGAUGACAGCGAAAGUACAAGAACACUCGUAGAAGAAAGUUCCAUUUCAUCUCCACCGUCGACACCUAAGAAAAGCACGACGACAGAAUCUUGUGCCUCUAGUGAGCCGCCUACAAAAAAAGAUAGUUUUUCAAGUGUUUACGACACUCCAGCAAAUGAUCGCAGCUCUGAUCCAACAACACCAAGCGACCCUGUUGUUCCCUUGGAAUUCGAUUGCGAUGAGGCUACAAACCCGGUAUUACAUUCCGGAAGGACGAAAGACGCGCUGAAAUAUUACCGACCAGCAACACAGCGGAAGAAUCUAGGAACAGACUUUAUGUCACGUGAGAAGAAUUAUCUGACAUCGUCUGCACCCGGAAGUUUUCUUCCCAACAUGAGAGGUCAAGUGGAACGGAGAGGAUCUGCAGAUGAUACUUAUUUCUUUGAAGCGGCUAGUACCGAUGAGUCACUGCGUAAAAUGGCAGUAGAGAUCCCGGUUCCAGAUCGAAAUGGGUACAUUUUGGGCGACGAGUUUCUUGAAGAUGAUGAAAACACGCCGCUACUUGUUUUUGUUAAUUCCAGAUCUGGUCCACAACAAGGCCACCUCUUGAUUACCCAACUUCGUAGUUUGCUGAAUCCGGUUCAAGUUUGGGACUUAUCGGACGGAGGACCGGAAGAAGCUUUAGAGAGUUUUUCUGCUUUUACAAGAUUGCGGAUUUUGGUUUGUGGUGGUGACGGUACAGUGAGCUGGAUCAUUAGUACCAUCGAAAAGAUGAAGCUGCAAAGAUGGCCACCCAUUGCAAUCUUACCCUUGGGGACAGGCAAUGAUUUGGCUAGAGUACACGGUUGGGGUGGUGGGUAUAGUAACGAGUCUCUAAUUGAAAUACUUGAGCAGGUUGCUGAAAGCUAUAUUUCUUGGCUCGACCGAUGGGAAUUUACUAUCGAAAAUAAGAAGGGAAAAGUGAAAAAGGUGAAGUCCUUCUUCAACUACUUUGGGGUCGGUGCAGAUGCCCAGAUGGCGUUGCAAGUUCACAAGCUGCGGGAAUACCAACCGAAUCUAUUCUUUUCGCGAGUCAUCAACAAGGCCUGGUAUGGGAUAUUUGGUGCCGAAGAUGCCAUCAAGGCAACUUCAUUGAAUCUCCCAAACGACAUAACACUCAUUGCAGACGGCGUCGAGGUUCCUCUUCCGCCUGAUUCUCAAGGGAUUAUUCUCUUGAACAUUGAUUCGUAUGGGGGAGGUGUUCCGCUAUGGGCUCGUGGUUCAAAGGAAUCGCCCUCAAUCAGCAAUAGUAUUGAUCGCCCGUACUCGAUAAAAAGAUCAAGGAGCCUCGAUCCCGGUUGGAUGCGAAGAAGGAGUAGAGCGCUGGGAUUAGAUGAAAUCGACCCGCCUUCCAUGUUUGGAGAAGAGGAUGGCGUCGAUGACAUUUCGACAUGUCUCACCGACGAAGAAAGGUUUGCUAGAGUUACAAGUUGUGAGCGCCCGAGCAGCUGCCAAGAUGGUUUCCUAGAUGUUGUUUCGGUUCGCGGAUCGUUUCAUUUAGGACAAAUUCGUGUCGGACUCAGUACGUGUCAGCAACUUUGCCAAUGCAGGGAUCUCAAAAUUGUCAUCAAACGCAAAGUUCCAGUUCAACUAGAUGGUGAACCUUGGAGUCAGAGUGCAUGUACACUCCAUGUGAAACGGAAAAAGGAGGCUGCAAUUAUGUUGCACCGUUCUGCUGGUGAUAGCAACGGUGUGGAAACUGAAAUGUCAAAACUUCUUGAUUGGGCCGAAGAACGCUCCUACAUUGAUAGUGAGACGCACGCGGUGCUGAUGAAAGAAUUCAGCCGUCGCAUCGAAAACAAGACGCGCGAACGUCGGCUAAGAUCCAAGGACGGUUUGAUUCUAUCACUGAAACGAGCCAUGGAGAGUACUGGGAAUUUGGGGAAUGGGGGAUACCAGAGCGGUCACAAUGGAAUUAUGUUUUAG